AUGCAGGACCACGUACUACCCAGCGCCUCCUCAGGGACAACAUGGCAGAUCCUCCUCAGGGCGCUGCCCGGCGCAGAGGCGCUGGUGGUCAACACCUCUGACCGCCCUGGUAUGCUGGACUUCAAAGGCAAAGCAAAGUGGGAUGCCUGGAAUGCAUUGAAAGGAAUGUCCAAAGAAGAUGCAAUGAAAGCUUACAUAGCAAAAGUGGAAGAACUAAAGGGCAAAUAUGGCAUCUGAGGACUGGAUAUAGCAGCCACUUGCACACCUGAAACAUGCCUUAUUUCUAAUACUGUGGAAAACUGGUUUCUGAGAAUAAUUUUAAAUACCUAGCAUAUUAUAGUCAGUUCUCCUCAUGCCUGUAGUUCAGGGGAAGUUGUGUACCUGCCUAAUGUACUGACACAUUACAAAUUCCUUCUGGGAACAAAAUCUGGAACUCAUUAAAGUGCGUUUGGUACUUUA